AUGCAGACGGCUAUGUCUGGCAACUCUGCCCCCUCAAAGCGCAAGCGAUCGCGCUUUGCCUGCGAGCCUUGUCGCGAACGGAAAAGAAAAUGCAAUGGAGAGUCCCCCUGUUCGACCUGCAGCAGCUGGGGGUAUGACUGUUACUACCAAAAUGAGCGUCGCAUGAAACCAAAAGCCACCAGCAUGAUGGGAGAUCUCCCUGCCAUCCAUGGGCCGAGUCCUGAGCAUGCGGGCUCCUACACCGAGUCAUUGGAGGCGAACUCAGGAGCGGCAUUUGUGAGAAAGAUCGGCCUCAAGAUGGACCCGGCGAACGCGCCCAAACUGAAUCUCUUCGGCUGGAACGUGGGUAGACGCAAUCCCCCGUCCGGUCUAGCCACUAGCACGGUUCUAGCUGUGCCCAUUGUCGAUAUUCUCUCGCUGAACCAUAUGAAGACCCUGGCCAAUUUCUACUUUGCCAAGUCGUCCGCAGAGGGCGAUUCGUUUGACGGCGUGCUAGCGGGGGUUGCCGCUCUUGGAGCGCUCUUCUCCGAGAUUACUAUCAAUAUUACGGAAGCCCAUCUGGUGGAACUGACGCGCUCGAUAACGGACACACACAUUGGGUCUGCAGCCCCAUCAAUAGAAGUAGUGACUGCGUGGGCCCUCCGCGUGAUUUAUAUGCGCAUGACGGCCCCGCCAUACCCUACCUGGAUUGCAAGCUCCACCUUGAUGCAUCUUAUCGAAGCCUCUAAACUUCACCAAAGCUCCUCCUCGUGCGAGUCCCUUGACCUCGACACCCGGCAACGGCUGAUCGGAGUCGCCCAACAUUUAAACCUCUGGAUCUCGUACGACCUGGGCCUCUCGCGGGUUUCCUUCCCCCACGAGCCGGUAGCGCUGCCCUCGCCACGAGCAGGCGAUUUCACGGUAGAAUUGCUCGGUCUCUUGCCGCUUUCCACCAGCCUGGGCCCGGAGAAUCGCCGACAGGAUGAAGAGAUUGAGGAGUUCUUGCUACAGACAUUGAGCCGUAAUCACACGCAGCCACCAUCUAUUCUCGCUCAAUGUAACCUGGUCCUCUGUCUUCUUCGGCGCUUACAUAUGAGAAACCUCAUGACCUCCCCAGCUACAAUGGAGCGGGUUGUGGAACAACUGAAGCGAAGCCUCGGAGCUGCCCGUCGUAUGGCUUCGGAUUGUUCUCCGUGGCAACAUGUGGCCAAUGUGCCCUUUCAGAUGAUUAGUAUCCUCUUGGAGAUGGACACGAGUGCAUCAUUAGAGCUUCUGCCGGAAGCCAUGCAGACCCUGAAACUGGUUUCUGCCACUUACGAUACCGAAACGAUGAGGGAGGCGUACGGGACUGCGCGUCUACUGAUUCUUCUUUACCAGCGCCGUCGGCGUUCGGACACCAGAUUGCUCAGCGGGCUAUUGGAAGAUCACCACGAGCCAUCCGCCACCGAGUCACCAAUUCAGCCCAUGAUCCCGACAUCUGACGAAGUAUCCUGGCUGGAAGGAUUGGUCGCCGACGUACCGAGCUUGCACGGCCUUGACUUUAGUCAGUUUUUACAGCUCUCGCCGAACACCCCGGGAAUGUGGGGUCGAUAG